AGACAUUUUAAUUUAUGGAAAAAAUAAACUCGGUUGCCAGGAACUCAAGUUAUUUGUUUUGAUCGAUUUAAUAUUGUGACUGGAAUAUCCUGGAGCCAUUGCCUUUGAAAAAAUCAGUACGACAUGUUAACGAAGAAGGAAAAACUGUUAACACAUCCUUGGAUAGUUCAAAAAUUCCAAAGCCACAGGAGAAAGGUUCAAAGUGCUGGGCCAGCCAUAGACUUUCGUCCUCCGAGCUCACACCCUCAUGUGAUUUUUAAACUGAAAAAAACACAGAAAGAAUGGGAAAGAAUGAACGAAAUUCAACGAGAAAAUCGCCGAUUAUUGCAACGUCUCGGUCAAAUUAUGAGCACUAGAAGACUGGAGAAUUUUUGGCAAUAUUCACGUCCGAACUUUUUAAACCGUGAACGAUUGUACACGACGAGUAAACGUCCAAAGACAUCACCACCUCUGUGCAAAACGGAACGACAUCCAUCAACCGAUGACGGGACCAAACCAACUUCAUUGAUUCGUGGACAGUCUGCACGCUGUAUGGUGUGCAGUGGUAGAUACGUUAAAAAGAAUCAAGUGAUUCCUGAAGAACGUGUCCCUUGGGCAGCGCCAAAAAUUUCAUGGAAUAAAAAACUCAAUGAAAAGCAGGCUCCAAUUCAUAAAUGUUGUGUUUAUUGUUGUUGCUAAUUUUGUGUACUAAUGGUAUCUCUACGAAAUAAAUAUUAGUCGUCAUU